UCGGGAAAAUUCGAAUCCGGAGAAAGUGCAUCAAUGGAGGAAUCUUUGAAAUCAUAUGGUUUUAGGUUGAAAGCGAGAAAGAUUCUCGUGAGUCCAAGCCACAAAGAACUAGCGCUCGUCGUGAAUCAUCUCUUUUUCCGUAAAGAAUCGAAACAAUAUCAAACAGCGCGAGCUCUGUUCAAUCACUGGGUCUCUGAUUUCUCAGAUUGCUUAGCCUUAAAGCUUCUUCAAGUCUAUCAAUCUUCUUCCAAUGGCGUCACCAGGUUCCAAUCGAUCUAUCACCUCUCUGAAACCCUAACCGAUUCGAGAAAUCGCGAGUUAAGACUCUCUCCUGACUCACUUUAUGAAAUCAAAAGGGCUUUGAUUCCGUGCUUGACGAUGCAGAAUAAAGAAUCUGACAUCAAGAUCCUUAGAAGAAUCGUGGGUUUUGUAGCUUACAAUGUUAUGGAUUUGCGUAAAGAUCAGUGGGACGAGCUUGGUGAUGGUAUCUUAACCCUCACAAAAGACGAACCUGUUAAGGCUUUUCACGUCUUCGUUGAGUUGCCAACAGUUUACAAGAGUUGCAUCGACAAGUUUAAGCACCAAAUCUUAGAGGAAGCUAGUAAUGUGUUUCUUGAUCCUUAUAGAGUUGAAGAUUGGAGCUUGGCUUUACAUACUCUUGUGAAAAUUUCGAUUCAGCUUGUGAAGACAGGGAUGAGACUGGAUUUGAUAGAUGUGUUAAUGGGGAAUCAGAUUGUCUCUUUUGUGACUGCAGUGAAGAAGCUAGUGGAGAUGAAAAGGGAACAUUUUUUGGUACGAGGGCUUGAAGAUUUCGAGAUGUCUUUCUCAAGGGACAUGAAUCUGUAUCAUUACACUACGGAUCAGUGUUAUUUUGUGUUGGUUUUAAUGGGAAAGAUUGAAGGAGUUGAGACAGAUUUGACUAAGGAGAUUGUGAGGAAGAUCAAAAUGCUGGUUACAGAACCAAACAUCAAACCACAUGACGAUCUUAAGAAUUGCAGAGAAGGGUUUGACCAUUGCUGGAAUGAUCAUUUGAAGAAUUUGUCUUCACUGGAAGUGUUGAGAAUCUUUGCGUCAACUGAACUUGAAGAUAGGUCCAGAGAGAUUGCAAUCAGACGGCUCAAUGUAUUACUAUCUGCUCACAGUUUAGAGAAGGUGCCAAUAGACAUUGCAGAGAUAAGAGAACUUCAACCAUUGCUCAUGUCUUGCUUAAAGGAAGAAAGAAUCUCUGACAGUAUGUUCAAAGUCCUUGGUGAGGUGGUGAACCAUGUCACGUAUGAGAUGAUGGAUAACCAAAAGGAGACAUGCUAUGAGCUGCGCGAUUAUAUUGCAUCGAGUACAACAGAGUUUCAGAGAGCGGUUUAUAUCUUCCAAUGCUUGACAGUGGACCUUGUUGAUGAGAAAUUUUUGUAUCCUGUGAUGGAGAACCUUUUCCCACAGAUUAUCACAAGCCUAGAUCCUCCAGGAUAUUUGUUGGUAGAUAACAGUUGCUGGGUCUUGGCGUUUACGGGGGCCUUCUGUGCAGCAACUCAGUUGAUAGAGGGCCCAGGUUAUGGUGACGCCGUUAAGGAGAUUGCACAUAAGAUGAUAGAUUCUGUAAGAGAGCUUGUGGAAAGAGGAAUGGAAGUUGGGCUUGUGAGGAGAGCUUUCACAGAUGUUGAAACCAUUGUGAAUAAACAGUUGGAAUGGUACAUGACAAGCGAAUACAAAUUCCUUAAGGGUCUGCUUUGGAGACUCUAUGCAAUCAAAGGCAUGAAAUGGGAAAGUAAGAUUGUAUUGUGGAGAAUCAACGUGAUAGUCGAGAGAGAAGUGAAAGAAGAUGAGAAAGAGCUGCCAGAGAGUGAUGAUGAGUUGGAUUGGCUGAACCUUACAGAUGAGAAAGUUGAAUAGAAAACUAGUUUUUUUGGGGGUGUAUAGUCUGAAAUUGUGCAGAGCCUUAGUUUUUUGGUGUAUAGUUUGCAUUGGAGAAGAACAUUGUUAAGAAUGAGGUAGAUAAGAGUGUCACGAUCAAAAUGUACUUAGUUCUUGAAACACUUCUCUUGAAGAACUAAAGUAAUACAUGGAUGAAUCAGAGUUUUUUUGGUGGCU